UGGCGCGGCUUUCGCUCAGAGAGCAAAACAGCAGCUAACUGAAGGUUAAACAGUUUAAGCAUAAGUCUUUCUAUAAAAAAUAUAUAUUAGUAUAUAUAAAUGCAAGUCAUGUCGCUGAUUUGUGUCGCCGACUUUGAGCAAAGGGCCAAGCAGCAGCUGGAACGAACUGCCUUGGACUUUUACAGGAAUGGCGCCGGGGAGCAGGUGACCCUGGGCCUGAACCGUGAGGCCUACAAAAGAUUGCGUUUGCGUCCGCGUUGCCUACGCGAUGUUUCGCAGCUGGACACGAGCUGCAAGAUUCUGGGCCAGCAGCUAAAUUGGCCACUGGGCAUUGCGCCGACGGCCAUGCAGAAGUUGGCCCAUCCGGACGGAGAGUUGGGCACGGCACGCGCCGCCGGCCAGGCUGGCUCCAUAUUCAUACUGAGCACGCUCUCCACCUGCUCCAUAGAGGAAGUGGCCGCGGCGGCGCCCGAGACCUGCAAAUGGUUUCAGCUCUACAUCUACAAGGAUCGCUCCCUCACGGAGCAGCUGGUGCGCCGCGCGGAGCUGGCCCAUUUCAAGGCGCUCGUCCUGACCGUGGACCUGCCCAUCAAUGGGGAUCGGCGCGCGGAUGCUCGCAAUCAGUUUAGCCUGCCGCCGCAUCUGAGACUGGCCAAUUUCCAGGACGAGCUCAUGCGGGGUUUUGUGUCCAAGUUGGGCGGAUCCGGCCUGAACGAGUAUGUGGCCAGCCAAUUUGAUCCGAGCAUCACCUGGCAGGACAUCAAGUGGCUGCAGCAGCUCACCCAGCUGCCCAUUGUCCUGAAGGGCAUCCUCACCGCGGAGGAUGCGCAACUGGCUCGCGAUUUCGGCUGCGCCGGCAUCAUUGUCUCCAAUCACGGCGGUCGGCAGCUGGACACGGCGCCCGCCACGAUUGAGGCUCUGCCGGAGAUCGUGGCCGCCGUGGGCAAAGAUCUGGCCGUCAUGCUGGACGGCGGCAUCAUGCAGGGCACGGACAUAUUCAAGGCCCUGGCCCUGGGCGCCCAAACAGUGUUCAUUGGCCGCCCGGCGCUGUGGGGCUUGGCUGCCAACGGGCAGCGCGGCGUGGAGCAACUGCUGCAGAUUAUGCGACACGAUCUGGAGGUCACCAUGAAGCUAGCCGGUUGCCCCACACUGCGCGAUAUACAGCCCUCCAUGGUGGUGCAUGAGUCCAGCUAUUCGCAACUUUAAUUUAAUAUUAAGAGC